AUGUCAAACCUUUAUAUCCUCAAUAUCAUCAAUCAAUCCGGUGAAGAAGCCGAUUACUCCAUCGACUGUCCAUACAAAGAUUUACCCCCUGUUACGAUCUGGGACAGGAACAACUGGAUGACAAUGUUGAACCUGAACCAACACUACAUUCCCAUCACUAUUUCAGUACUUCCACAAGGCGACUCCCCAUCCGUUAGUUUCGUUCUUGCUAGAAAUGGACAGGGUGUUAGGGGAGAUGUGAUACACAGGCCUGGAAAUGAGCUGACGGUCGAUAUUGGAAAUAAUGUUGGAACUCCUUUGUAG